AUGUCAAAAACAAAAAAAAUUAUUCUUCUGGGCUACCAAGGAACCGGCAAAACUACUUUUUACCGAAAAUUAGUUAAAGAAUAUGCUUUCAAGCAAGCACCUGCGAUAAAAAUCAGUCCUCUGGUUAAUUAUGCUGAACACCUUGUUCAAUUCAAAAAUAAUUGCUACUUUCUCAUUGAUACACCUUCUUUUCUUCUCGGUCCGCACACCGAAAUCGAGAAAGCUAUUCAAAAACAAACCGAGGAAUUGAUGAGGAAAAAUUUAAUAGAACAAAAAGAAUAUCAAUUCUCCCUUUUCCAACGAUUAGGACAGACACAUCUUUAUCCUUUUUCAUUACAAAAAACUACUAAUUUAGAAGAAGUGAUGGAAAAGAUUAUUAGUCUUAUUCCUAGAAUUAGCAAAUCCUUGCUUCAAGAAAGGCAAAUCUACCGCGAAAACCAAAAAACUUUUCGGCAAAGUGAUUUAGUCUGGGUAGUUAUUGACGCUACUUUACCUUUAACCAAGCAAACUCUUCAAAUUAUCCAUUUAGCCGAAGAAUACCAAAAACCUUUAAUUAUCAUUGUCAAUAAAGCUGAUUUAAUCGAAAUUAAACAAAAAAAACUAAUUCACGAACAAAUAAUGGCUAGAUUAAAAAGUUUACGUUACGCACCAGUUAUUUGUCUUUCGGCAUUACAAGGAGAAGGAAUUAAUUCUUUAUUGAAGGCUUUUGCUCUCCUCCUCAAAGAAAGCCAAAAGCAAUUUACGAAAAGAGAAAUCGCCAAAGCAGUUGAAGAUAUGUCAGUUAAAAAUCCUUUUUCUUACAAAGGAAGUAGAUUAAAAAUUUAUUUUGCUAAACACCAACCAGGCGAAUUGUCUACGAAAAAAGCUUGCUUUGACCUACUUGCCAAUUAA